AGAUCCAGGUGGCAAAGGGAGAGAUGGGUGGCCCCGAGACCUGCCUUGGCUUCCUGGUCCUGCUUCUGAUUGUCUGGUUCAGCGGGACGCCCGGCGACGCUCACUCUCUGUCCUAUAACUUCAACAUCGAUCCUCAGCCCAGACCUGGACAGCCAUGGUGUGAAGUUCAAGGCCAGGUGGACGGAGAGGUUUUUCUGUCCUAUGAUUGUGGUCAUGCUAAGAUCAUAUUCACAAGUAUAUUGGCAGAAGAAAUGAAAACCGUAAAGGCCUGGGAAACACAGAUAGAAACACUCAGAGAUAUCAGGGACCAUCUGCGUGACUUUACACUGGAGAAACCCACGGUCACGGACCCUCUCACCCUGCAGGCCAGGAUGACAUGUCGCUGUGAGGAUGACAGACACAUCAGUGGAUCCUGGCAGUUUGGCUUGAAUGGAAUAAUGAGCCUCCACUUUGAUUCGGAGAAUGGACACUGGAGAGUGGAUCACCCUGGAGGCAGAUGGAUGAAAGAGAAGUGGGAGAAUGACAGAGCUGUGACCGACUUCCUGAAGAAGAUGUCAAUGGGAGACUGUCGGUCCUGGAUUCAGGCUUUCAUGGUGUGCUGGGAGAAAAUGUUGAAGACCUCGGCAUCACCGACCAUGGGCCCCUCUGCAGUCCAGCCCACGGCCACAGCCACCAAGUCUAAAGCCUGGAUCCUCCCCGUGCUCCUCACCAGUUUCAUCAUAACUGUCUUCGUGGGCUGUGUCCUUUACAGGAACAGGAGAUGCUGCUCCCAUCAAGCCCCUGACACAUUCUCUGUCGGCCUCAGGACUCAGUCUUUGCUUGGCCGCCUUUGUUCUACUGACCACUUCAGAGCCAGGAGAUCAGACCAGUAUGCGGAGCCUGCCUUCCAGUUGUGCUGACCCAGAUGCUCAUUGUCUUCUGACAGGUCAUAUGGUGAACAGGCUUCUCAGUCUCUUUUUUUCUUCCCAUCCUCUUUGGCGUCUUUCUCUUGGUGCUAAGUGACGGAAUCCCUGCACUGAAAUAUUCAACUUGCUGAAUAAGAAAUCUCCUCAAACAGGACACUUUCUUCUUCUAGUUUGGGAAAAUGAGACUCUUCUCUGUAUGGCAAUCUCAGUGUUGCAAAUGGUGAUAGUGGAAGAAAAAUACCAUCUGCUAUUACAGGACUCAGGGAUCCUUUCUACGUUCAGAGAAACAUCUUCAGAGUAUUUUCAACAGAACAAAAUAUUAUGUCUGAAUGUCUCUUUUAGUCAUUUUAUUUCAUAUAGUAAUAUUUAAGUCAGUAUUUCACUAUUACAAAAAAUAUAAAUACUUCAAGCUUCUUUUUCUAAUCAAGGAGGGAACUCAGGACAUUUCACCGUUUUUCCACCUUCUGGGAUUAAACAGAACUGAUGAUUGAGCUACAUUUAUUGUGGAAGCGAAGAAUAAAAAGAAAGCUCUUAAAGUAACA